AUGAAGACGACGGAUCUCCUUGCAGCCAUCCAGCCCUACGUGGAUAUACUGGCAGACCGGUGGCCCGGAUUAAUCCUGUCUACGGUAGCUUGGUCAGUAGUGUUCGGCCUCGUCUGUGUCCUGCCGGCCAUCUCGGGCACAAGCUUCGACUUUCGAAACCGGACCGUCUCCAUCCUCCACGCCUUUCUUUCUGCUUACCUGACCCUGGUUCUGGUUCUGCUGGAGACUCCUUGCAAAAUCGGGGGCCCGAACACCCGCAAUCAGAUCAUUGUCCUGAACGUCAGCACGGGCUAUUUCAUCUACGACUACGUGGCCUGCACAUUAAACGACGUCCGGAAGCGGCAUUUCGAUACCAUGAACUUUUUCCACCACCUGGCUUCCCUGGCCGGCCUUUUGACGGGGCUCAUAAACGAACGUUCCGGUGCCGAGCUCGGCAUGUGCCUGUUCUUGAUGGAGGUCUCCAACCCUUUCAUGCACACCAUCCACCUCUUCCGAGAGCUCGGUUACAAUGACGCCCCUGUGGCCGAGGCGAACAAAGCCCUCUUCGCCAUCAUUUUUACUCUGGCCCGUGUUGUCGGCGGCCCUUUCCUGACCUACUAUACCUUGGUCAGUCCACGUACCCACUGGGUGAUCAAAGCCGGCGCCCUCGGCAUCCUUGCCGUCUCCUUCCUAUGGUUUUCCAAGAUUGUGGCAAUGCUGAGCAAGGCCUUCGGAGGGAGCGAGGGAAAGGAUAAGGGGGGAGAGAAAAAAAGGGUAGAUAGCAAAGCGGAGGGCUUCUCACCCCUCAGGAGGGCGGCCGCGUGGCGCGCAUAA